AAGACUAGGAUCAUUCCUCGUCAUAUUCAAUUGGCUGUCCGCAACGAUGAGGAACUGAACAAAUUCCUCGCUGGUGUAACUCUUGCGAGUGGUGGCGUCUUACCCAACAUCCACACUACUCUUUUGCCCAAGAAGAGUAAGGGCAAGAGCUUUACUGCUUCCCAGGAGAUGUAA